AUGUCUUCCAUCCUUUCUGUCCUCGAAACCAAGCUCAGGGAGUACAUGCUUGCCCUUCCUGAUGGCACCACCGAGUACAAAGAUUAUGAGGCCUGGCGUGUGGUGCGCUUUGCCGCACAGCAACAAGCAGUCAAGGCACAGGCCCUGGAAGAGGAAGCUGUGCGGGUAGCCACUGCCAAACACGAGGCUGAGGAGGCUGAGGCGGCGUGCACUGCUUCUGCCCUUCAGGUGGCUGAAGAAGGUCGUCAGCGUUGCCAGGAGGCACUGGUGGAGGCAAUGUUCAGUGGGUUGCUCGAUGCAGAAGAGGGGGAUUGUCAGAUGGCUGCCCUAGAAGCCGAGUCCGUUCUUCCCCUCCCUCUCUUUCUUUGUUCUCCUUCUCCCUCUAUUCCUGUCAUGUCCUCCUCUCGUCCCAAGCCCUCCUUUACCCCUUUGCCUUCUCAACCUUAUCCCUUGGUCACCGAGUCCGACCUCGCAUCCGCAACUGCUGCCUUGCAUCACAUGAGCAUUGACCUGGUUGCUUCACCUGCCCUGACCAAUGUGAACGGCAAGCCGUUGGUGGCUGCUGUUGUUGUUGAGUUCACGCAUCAACGGAUGCCAUCUUUCGGCCGCGUCAUGCUUUUGCCAGGCCUUGGUCAUGGCUGGAUGUCAACGGUUUGGGCCCCAGAGGAACGGAAUGGUGCCGGUAAGGUUUUCAAGGACCCCCCUAAGCUAGUAUCUGGUAAUUGCCUGGUGCGUCCCUUCCCUUUGCCACCUCCUGAGACUGACUGUUACGACUGCUCGUCGGUAACCCCAAGAGUAGGAGGUUCUUCCCUAGGUCACUCGUGGAGGAUGUGUGGAACGAUGGUCUCGGCUGUACGUGUAGCACAGGAGCCAGAAGUGUAUUGCGAUAUAGCAAUGAAGACUGUAGUAGGAAGACUACAGUGGAUGAGGGUGCUGUGGUAG